AUGUCAAAGGCUUUAAGUGCUGAUAUUAUUUUGCUGAGAACCAAAGCCGGGUCACUCGAUAACGUAAAAAACUUGAAUUUAUGAGGAAAUGAUAUUGACGAUGUCAGCAUCGUCAGUGAGAUGCCGAAUUUAGAAGUCUUAUCGCUGAGCGUGAAUAAAAUCACAACUCUCAAGCAUUUUCAGCAUUGCCGAAAACUAGCCGAGCUUUAUUUGAGAAAAAACCUUAUUUCAGAUUUGAAUGAAAUCAGAUAUCUGCAAGACCUGCCUUGUCUUAAAGUGCUUUGGCUAUGGGACAACCCAUGUGCUGAACUGUCGAAUUACAGAGCUAUUGUGAUUGGAGCGCUUCCUAACUUAGUGAAGCUGGAUAACCAAGCUGUAACACCAGAAGAAAAAUCAUCAGCGCCUCCUGCCAAACAUUCAAAACCACGCUAUGAAGAGCCGAGCAGGCCUGAACCGCGCCGUGAAGAAGUUAGAAGUAGAGAAGAAGCGAGGAGGGAAGAAGUAAGAAGAGAAGAGCCAAGAAGGGAAGAAUACAGAAGAGAAGAGCCAAAAGAAUAUAGAAGAGAUGAAGCGAAAUAUGAAGAACCACAAAGAAGGGAGCUUUCACCUAUUUCAAAUGAACAGCCAAGGGCAGUAAGAAACAGAAAUGGGAACAGAGGGGCUGAAUCAAGAAACGAAAAUAUUUUAUGCGCCGUUUUGUCACUUAUUAAAGAACUGGAUAAGAGUGGUCUCGAGCUUGUCCAGAGAGACAUUGAAAGAAAACUUGCAGGGAUGUAG